AUGAUCGGCACGGUGCUGUGCUACGUGCUGCUGCCGGCGGCGCGGCUCCUGCGGGCCCUGCGAGAUGCUUUCUUUAUCUGUCGAAAGAAUGUGCUUCUGGCGAAGAGCGCGUCCACCCAGGUAGAGGGCCUCUUUGCUGCAACUGAAGGAAGGUCGGUCCCGGAAGAGCAAGAAGCCCUGCUCCAGCAGUGGCUGGAGGAAGGAGCAGGGAAUUUACCAGCCAGUGAGAGUGCUCCAGCAGUGGGGAAAGUAUUGGCCACACUCGCUAGUGACUGGUUAGAAGGUUCAGAGCUAUUGAUGACUAGCCUUAGUGACCUGAAUUCCGCUCCAGAAGUGACGUGGUGUGCUGGUCAGCAGCUCACAGAGCUGCACACCUUGGCAUCUUCAGAACCACAAGAUCAUGCAGUGGCUGAACUGGGAAAACUACCAGCAGAGGAAACAGUGGCUGUAGUAGGCAGUGCCCCUUGGGCAGCCGUAGUGCCACAGGCGGAUCACCAGAUAGUUGGCUGUGCUGCUGUAGAUGUAGAAGGGCAGAAUGAAGACCCAGCUGUGCUGGCAUGGAGCUUAGCACAUGAUGCAGAGAUAGUGCCGGUGGUGCCCCCAGCCUGGACCGUUCAGGAUGUGGAACAAUUUCCACCUCUUCCGACAGAGGUACCCUACCACGAGAUUUUAUGGAGAGAAUGGGAGGAUCUUUCUGUCCAGCCCUAUGUGCUAGAGCAGGUCUCAAAAAACAUGCCCCUCUUUGAAUUUCGGGUGAUGUCUUACAACAUCCUGGCCCAAGACCUUGUGGAACAGAGUCUUGAUCUCUACCUACACUGCCAUCCAGACAUCCUGAACUGGAACUACCGCCUUCCAAACCUUUUGCAGGAAAUUCAGCACUGGGAUCCUGAUGUUCUGUGUCUCCAGGAAGUACAAGAGAACCAUUACUGGGAGCAGCUGGAACCGACGUUCAGGAUGAUGGGCUUUGCAUGCUUCUAUAAACGAAGAACUGGGAGGAAAACAGAUGGCUGUGCAGUAUGCUAUAAGCAUAGCAAGUUCCAGCUGAUUGGUGUCAGUCCAAUAGAAUAUUUCCGGCCUGGUCUGGACAUCCUCAAUCGGGAUAAUGUGGGCUUGGUGCUGCUAUUACAGCCCCUGCUCCCAGAAGAAUUGGAUCUGAAGAUGGUCAGUCCCUUGUGUGUGGCCAACACUCAUGUGUUGUACAAUCCCCGGCGGGGAGACGUCAAACUUGCACAGAUGGCCUUGCUCCUAGCAGAGAUUGACAAGAUUGCAAAAACUACAGAGGGCAGCCACUAUCCUGUCAUCUUGUGUGGUGACCUGAACUCUGUGCCUGAUUCUCCAUUGUACAAAUUCAUCCGGAAUGGUCAGCUUUCCUACCAUGGGAUGCCAGCCUGGAAGGUAUCUGGACAGGAGGACUUUUCCCAACAGUUGCAUCCACGGAAGCUACUGGCCCCACUGUGGCCAAGCUUGCUGGGUGUAACGGAGAACUGCCAAUAUGUCUCUCUGUGCCCAUCAAAGAAAUCGGACAGACAUAAGUACAGCCGGGACUUCCUGCUCCAGUUCCGUUUUUGUGAUGUUGCCUGUGAACGACCACCACAGUUGAUCCUCUUGGAAGGUGUAACAGAUGCUAAACCAGACCGUCCUGCACACUGGCCCAAGCAUGCUGCUGUGGUGAAUGACCCUGAUCCCCAGCCCUUCUUCCCAAGGUCUUCAGGCAUUAUUCAGCAUGAUCUCAACCUGACCUCAGUCUACAGCCACUUUCUGCCACAGAGGGGGCGCCCAGAGGUCACGACCAUGCCCAUGGGGCUUGGAGCCACCGUUGAUUAUAUCUUCUACUCAGCAGAGCCUGUGGAGAAUGGGAACACAGGGAGUCGCAGGCUGUACCAGGAUGGAGCUCUGAAGCUGCUUGGCCGACUUUCCCUUCUCUCUGAAGAUGUCCUGUUGAUGGCAAAUGGCUUACCCAAUCCUUUUUGUUCCUCUGAUCAUCUCUGCCUGUUGGCUAGCUUUGGCUUGGAGAUCUCCAGCCUCAGAGAGGGUUAGUGUUGGUCCUCCUUCCCUAAAGAAAAGCUGUACUGAAUACAGCAGUUGAGGUUCUUGAUGCAUAAUCUGCUUGCAAGAAAA